AUGGCGGACGCCCGCUCUCUUCUACGAGCCCACCGAGCUGCAAAUCGUGUCGAGCAUCCUCAUGCCGCCUACAGCGAAGCCGGCAAGCUUCUAUGCAAGAUCUGCCGCGAGGUCAUCAAGUCCGACACGCUGUGGGAGUCCCACGUGCGAAGCUCCAGCCACCGGCAGAAGCAGGCUUCGACACAAGCACCGACUGCCUCCAUCGAGACCACCAACAAGAGGAAACUCGACCAUGUCGACGACGCCACCGAGGUCGAAGCUGCCGACGACGCCCAAGAGACCUUACCCAGGAAGAGGAACAGGACCCGGUCCAAUGUCAACGGGGAGGCCACCACACCUCCCGGCCUGAACAGACGGGCUUCCGGCACACCUGCGCAAGGCGUCGAGCUCUCCAUACCCUCUCGCCCUGCCACUCCGCAGGUCGGAGAAGGCUCACAGACCUCGACCCCGAGCAUUCCCCCCAUGGGCCGCUCGCCAUUCAUCGGCAGUGGAUCCGACAAUGCCGGCACCCCCAGCACUUCUGCCUCGGCCGCUCAACUGCCCAUCUCCACCGAGAGCUUGACCGUGCCCAUACUAGCAGCCACGGCCCCAGCCGCCAACGGAGACGUCGACGAGUCCGAAUGGGCGGCUUUCGAGGCAGAGAUCGCCGCCGACGACGACCAAGUCCCAGCUAAGCCUGCCUAUGCCGACGCGACCAUCUCUGCCGCUCCCCUCACCGCAGAAGAGCUGGCCGCCAAGUCGCUCGAGGAGGAGAACGAACGGAAAAAGCAUCUGCUUGACGUCGAGAUCGCAGACGAGAAGGAGGACGCGACCCGAGCCUUGGAAGACGAGUUCGACGAGAUGGAGCAGCUCGAGUCCCGCGUCCGCAAGCUCAAAGAGCGCCGCGAGGAGUUGCGGAAAGGCAGCAUCGCGAACCUCAGAGGCGCCGCUGCCCACGAGAGUGUGAUUGACAAGACGGUCAAGGCGGCCUUGGGCAAGGAGAACGCCGGUCCCGCGAACGGCGAAGAUACGGGAAGCGACGAAGACGGCGACGACGACGACGAGGCUGACGAUGAUUGGGAUGAUGGGUUUCGGUUCCGGGGCGCAUAG